AAACAAGAGUUUGUUUUGCUUUAUUCCACUACCAUGAAUGAAAGCAACUAAAAAACAUUGGAUAUUACAUUCAGUCGUGUAUGAGUUGUGAUUAAUCUAAGUUAAUUCUUGAUAUUAAAUUAAACAUGACUUCGGACGAGGCGUGGUCCGAGCUGCCAACAGAACUAAAAGAGCCCGAAUGUUCACUUGAAAUAUGCCGCCUAUGCAUGAGCACAGAAUCUCUGGAGAAUCUGUUCGAGGUGGAUGGCCUCCGACGAUGGAUAACGGAUUAUUUGUCAAUUAUGGUAUCCACACAGGAUAACAUAAGCCAUGCAAUCUGCACCAUUUGUCGAAUACGGUUGGACGAGUUUCACCAGUUUCGGAUGGGUUGCCUGGAAGUGCAAACCACACUGUGGUCCAUGGCUCAGACGGGAAAGAUUGUGGAACCGCCGAAACAGUCUCGGUCAAGCGAUGGCUCAGGGCAACGACCAUACAGACCCAUCAAAGAGGUGCUAGAAAAGGACGGCCAAUAUCAAUGUGCGACAUGUGGGAAGGUGUUUGAUAACAGGAAACGGGUAUGGGAUCACAAGAGGAUCCAUGGCCCAAAGAAGUACCGGUGUAUGCAAUGCGGGAAGUCAUUUUCGAUACGUCGCUAUUUACAGGUGCACAUGAUGACUCACAUAAGCGAUGAACUUGAAGAGGAGUCCCCACAGAAGGAGCACGAAAUGUUGGAUCUUCAGGCUGUAAAAAUUGAACCACUCGGAGAAAUCGAUUCAAUAGCUGCGUUACCGCGAUCGGAACAUUCGCUGGAGGGGGAAACUGCCUUUGAAGAUGAAGGUUCGUCGUAUGGCGCAGAGCAAGAGGAAAGUCGAACAGAAAGCCACACCGAAGAAGCAACGGCUGACAGGAUUGAAAUCGGACUUGUGAAAAUUGAAGAACCUGCUGGCGACGAUAUGGAGGAGGAUGCAGUGUCACAAAAUGCUGAACUUGAAGCAAAUGCUGAUCAACGCGAUCUGCAUUUCGAAGUUGGUCUGGAAAAUGCAGAACCGGAGACUUCCAGGAGCAACACUUCCAUGCACUCCGAAAUGGAAGAAGUGUGUGCGGUUGAAACAAACGUUCGAAGGAAGAAGGGUACUAGAAAUGUGAAAGCGAACUCGAAAAUUGAUGAUUGUGGUCAACGAGAAGACAAAAUUUUGGAGAUCACACAAGAGAAACAGCAACAUCGUUGCAAUAAGUGCUCGAAAGCGUUUUCGACAAGCUCAAAACUAAAGGACCACUUGAGGCUAGUACAUGGAGAGAGGAAACUGGCUUGUCAUAUUUGUGGCAAGAGAUUUAUCUUACCAAGCCGAUUACGCCUUCAUGGAAAAAAGCACAAUAGUGAUAAGCCGUUCAAGUGUGACAUUUGUGGAAAGACUUUCAAGCAUGGACAAUCCUUGUGGCAUCACAACAACAUUCUACAUGGCGCGCAACACUCGUGUACCGAUUGUGGAAUAUACUUUCCAUUAAGGCGUCAGUUAGAGGGACAUCUACGUACCAAUCUACAUAAAAUUAAUGUAGAAAUGAGAGCCAAUUCCAAAAAUGAAAAAGUAUCUGAUGAAUCUGGUUCAAAUGAUACUACUGAUGUAACCAACAAGCGAACGAAUGAGGUUGACAAAGCUGAAGAAGCUCAACCGGAUACUGCUGGAAGUGCACAGCAGCAGCAGCAGCAACAACAACAACAACAACAACAACAACAACAACAACAAAAACACUAUCAGUGCAAUACCUGCUCGAAAAUGUUUUGGAAAAAACGUCAGCUGGAUGAUCACACGCGGCUGGUACAUGGAGAGAAGAAUUUCGUGUGUUCCGUGUGUAACAAGAGAUUCGUCGACGCAAGCCGAUUGCGGUCUCAUAUGCGUAGGCACGAUAAGACAAAACCGUACAAGUGCGCCAAGUGUGGAAAGUGUUACAAGGCUGAAAAAACCCUCGCGAACCACGAACGAAUCCAGCAUAAUAGCGGAGAUUCCAUUCAAAUGUUACGGAAGGAAACAUUUGACAAUGGUAGAUCUCCUUCCGCCUCCUCGUAAAAGCUACUACAGCAGAUCCUCUUCUCUUUCCGAUAGAGUUACGUAACUUUUGAAUGACUUCCCAGACGUCGAAUUAUGAGCUUGCUCCGUUUAUGGAAAACUACAACAGUUGGCGGCUUCAGCGCUGUUUGCAGUUCAGAAGGAAUUUUUCGGCCUAUCUUGAUGCAUGGGAAAUUCCUUGCCUGAAUCGCCCAAGAAACCGUUUUUCUUCGAUCACAGUACGCAGUUGCGAAGAAAUGACAGUUCAAAUGGCAGUCACCGUGGAAAGUUUCUGCCAGGAAUCGGUCAAGAAGUUUCUUGAGCGAUUUCUUUCAAACACCAAACUAGGCUUUCGAUUGGAGAAGCGUGAAAUGCGGGCUCCUGGAAAAUGUAGAAAACCGAAAAUAAAUGGCUCACAACUAGACCAGAAUGAUUCUUAAGCAGCAUUCAUAUACAGGAUGUAAGUAAGCUUGUCACAAAUUCGUAUUUUGGUAGACAAAGUCAGUAGAUAUACUAGAAUCAGGUAAUAAACUAUUUUUUUUUAUUUAUUUGA